AUGAAGGUUUCUACUGUUUUGGCCUCUAUGGCUCUUAUUUCCUCCUCAUUGGCUGCUCCUAUGGCCCACGAGCACCACCACCACAAGAGAGAGGCUGCUGUCGUCUACGUGACCCACACUGUUGUUGUUGAUUCGAACGGCCAGUUGUCCACUUUGAACGCCCAGGUUGCCGUUCCAACCACGGACAGUUCUGAGUCUUCUUCUGCUACCUCCACCUCUAAGGCAACCUCGACCUCCUCUUCUUCGAAGACUAGCACCACCUCAACCUCCAGCUCCAGCUCCAGCUCUGGCUCCAGCUCUGGAUCCUCCUCCAUCAGCGGUGACCUUAGCGACUUUUCGGGCCCAACCGAGGAGUUCGAGGAUGGCACCAUCAAAUGUUCCGACUUCCCAUCUGGUCAGGGUGUUGUUGCCGUUGACUGGCUUGGAUUCGGUGGAUGGGCUUCCAUCAUGAAGGAGGAUGGUACCACCUCUUCUUCUUGUGAGGACGGCUUCUACUGUUCUUACGCUUGUCAGGCAGGUAUGUCCAAAACUCAGUACCCAUCCACCCAACCAUCCGACGGAAAGUCGAUCGGUGGUCUCUACUGCAAAAACGGAUACCUCUACAAGUCGAACUCUAACUCCAAGUACUUGUGUGAGUGGGGUCAGGACAGUGGCUAUGUCCAGUCCAGCAUCGACAAGGAUAUUGCUCUAUGCAGAACCGACUACCCAGGUUCCGAGAACAUGGUUGUUCCAACUUUGUUGGAGGCCGGUGGAAAGGCUCCAUUGAGUGUCGUCGAUGAGGACAACUACUACCACUGGCAGGGAGGCAAGACUUCUGCUCAGUACUACGUCAACAACGCCGGUGUCUCGAUCGAGGACGGAUGUGUCUGGGGUGACUCUUCGUCUGGUGUUGGUAACUGGGCUCCUUUGGUUAUUGGUUCUGGCUACACCAACGGCAACACCUAUUUGUCGCUGAUUCCAAACCCUAACAACAAGGACGCACCAAACUACAACGUCAAGAUCGAGGCCACCGACGGCUCCGUUAUCAACGGUGAUUGCUCGUACAUUAACGGUAACUUCAACGGUGACAACACCGAUGGAUGCACCGUCACUGUCACCAAGGGCUCUGCCGUGAUCAAGUUCUACUAG